GUAUUUUAAAAAUAGACUCAACGUAAAAUAUUUCCUAAUAUUUUAUAUAGAUAGAUAUAAAUUGUAAGUACCUAAUAUCAGGACUAACUACAUAAUACACAGCUGUUGAUACCUUCUGCUUUUGGAUUUAUAGAGGUAAAUAGCUUUAAGGAGAUAAAUCUAAUUCCGUAAAAAAAAAAGUGAAGAAAAGCUUUUGUGCGUUAAGCUUCUUUUUUAGAACUUUUAAUCGCCGUUUUGAAUCCUCUAAGCUAGAGAGCCUCGUACAUUGUACUCAGCUCUAAUCCUACCAUGACACCAAAGCGACCUCCUUGGUGACUUUCUAAGCUCUUUCCAAUCGCCUAAGGUCCACUUGCCCUUCGCCCCCCGCCCACAACUGAGCUUGAUGCCUGAGGGGGUGAGAGAGAGAUUUCUUGUCGUGGAAUAUGCGGUGCGUAUGGUGUGGGUUUUACAGUGUCACGCCAUUCAGGUCGGGAGAAAUAUUGUUGGGGAUAAACAAUAUAUUGGGUGAGCAUGGGGAGGACAAUGUCAGUGAAUAUAUAUUGAUGAAUUACAUGGAGGUCGCUGCGUUUCAUUAAUCUUCUCAUGUGUAAUCCGCUCUAGGCUCAGGCCCAGUGGCGUGAGGGAUGCCAUGGAGGGUGCGGGAAAAACACUGUCCGGGAGCUUUGGGUGAAAAAUCACUUAUCAUUGCGUUUAUCACACAGGAUGGUCCACAUUGUCUCCAAAGAUACUCACAAGACCGGGCAAUAGGGGAGAUGAAAUUCAAUAACCUCCAGUGGUUGGAUUUUGGUUUGACAGGGGAAUUAAUUUUUAUUUCAUGCUACAUAGGCUCGAAGCAUAAACGUAUAUGUAUACACAGUGAGAGAGGAUCCCAAGUGAUGGCUCUAUUCUUUCGGCAGCUUCUAUCGGUAUUACGGCUCACCAGAGGAACUCUUAUGGGAUCCACUGUGGAAUUGACAAAAUGUCUCCAAAAAAAAAGGAUGGGAAUAUCUCGCUCAAGUCAUCCGGGGCAGGGGCAACCUCUUCAAUGGGGCGUAAUCUUCUUCUAAAUCCUUUGGUUGACUGGCCUAGGAUGAAAUGGGGACACAUUCCGCAUUCCCAUGCUUGGUACACACAUACACACACAGACCAAACCCUCUAUAUUUGCUUUCACAUGCGAGGCCCAAAUUGUAUGUGUCGAGGGACAUUUCAUCAACUUUCGAGCAAUUUUCUCAUCCCAAAGGAUAGGCCCUACGGGCAGGGGUUACCAGCCACCCUUGUUACUUUUAUAUCGUAAUCGUCUCGUUAACAUUUUAUCCCCUCAAGCACCCAAACGUCCCCCUCAACAUCACGGUCGGUGAUGAUGAUGGAUUCCAACAUCCGCAAUUUUCCCUCCCUCACUGCACAUCUUCACUACCUCCAGUCCAUCCCCACAUAGACAUUCAAUUUUAGACUCUUGCACGAAGAAUCAGCAGUCACCCUCUUUUUUUUCACUCACCCCAACGCACCACCCGGUGGAUGCUACUGCCCCAUGGGUACACCGUGACAAUUGAAUUCCGGCGGAAUUAAUCGCAUUGUUGUCACCAACGCCAACCUCUGACCUCACGCCGGCAUGUGGGAGCUUCCCGUCCACAAAUGGAGCAUAAUAAAAAUCCCGCGCGAAAAAAGGGAUGAAUGCAAUGUAUUUUUGCAUACAAAAGAGGAAAAGUUUUAUUAUUUAUUCCCCCCGUAUUGUUUUGCAAUGCUUUUCCCACCCUUUCGCGGUUAGGGGUAACGCAAACCACACCCAUGCCACAUAAAACCCCCAUUCUAUCUCAACUCGGGGAAUUUCUCACGGAUUGUGGAGAAGUUUUUUUUUUAUUAUUAUUUCAACAAAAUAUAUGCAUAUUUUAGUAUUUUAUUUUUAUAUAUUUAUUGGAAUGAAAUUUUUUGUGUAAACUUUUGUUUAUAAUUUCGAAUGAAACUUUUACUAAAAGACUCUGGGUAUGCGAAAAAUAAUGGGUAUGCUAAUAUUUUCCUCAGACUUGUACUUUUCUCAUUUAACGUUUUGCUUUGCUAUUUGGAGCAGGAAAAAAUGUUUUUUUUUUAUUUAUCUCAAAGAUAAUUGUAAUGAAACUUUAAAGAUUUUUUUUUAUUUUAGCAAUAAGUUUAGAUAGAAUAAUACAGUAUUAGGAAUAAAAUAAAUAGAUAAAAACACUUAAAAGCACAGCAUGUAGAAUCUCAGGGGUUAAUAAACAAUUUACAAACUAUUUUUGCAGACGUAUUUAGAAACGAAGUAAAAAUAUAUAGUUUGCUGAGCGAAAACACCACAAAAUUCAAUUUAGUCGGAAGAGCACUCACCCCCAACCCCUGAAGCAGAGUGUACUUCCCCAAAAUAACCAGCACAGAGUGACAAAAACUAACAAACUCAUUAUGCAAAUCCACGAACAAUAACCUCUAAAUUUUCAAACAAUAACCCUCAAAUAGCUACAGUGUAGUGGAGAAGAGUUCAUCGAUAAACAUUUUAACUAAAGAAAAAAAUAAUAUAAAGAGAAUAGUUUGUGCAUAAAACUUGAUAUAGAAAUUCAAUGGUGGUUUCCAACUGAAAAACAAUUUAAUCAACAAGUUCAUUAAGCGGAUGGAGUGAAAGUGGAGCAGAGAGUAGAAAGCCCCUCUUUUGGAAUCAGGCAGGUCUGUGUGUGACAAACGACAGUCAUGGCGAAAAAUUGCCACAGCUCCGCGAUGAUGGUGCACCUGUUGCUUCUCCUGGCGACCACCACUGUCGACUUGUGCCUCGGUGGAGCAAUCAGCCACACGAGUGGAGCCAAGGCAGAGCCCAUGUUUAUAUCACAAUCGGCUGCAUUUAAAUUCGUGGUCGGUGACACCAUUUCUCUACCCUGCGAAGUGACGCAUCCAGGCACAUACGUUCUUGCGUGGAAGCGCGGCAUUGCCAUCCUCACGGCGGGCACGGUGAAGGUCACACCGGACCCGAGGGUACGACUCGUGAAUGGGUACACGCUGCAGAUCAAAGAGGCCGUUCCCCAAGAUGCUGGGGAUUACAUCUGCCAGAUUGCGACGCUAGACCCUCGGGAGAUAACGCACCAUGUUGAGAUUCUGAUUCCACCGAAGAUCCAUCAUGUAACAUCCGGAGGACAUCUGCAGGUGAAGAAGGGUUCUCCAGUGCGCCUUGAGUGUUCCGCCACGGGAAAUCCCACCCCAAAUAUCACGUGGACACGGAAGAACAACGUACUGCCGAAUGGCGAGGAAAAAUACGUGUCGCCGGCGUACAUAAUUGAGAACAUGGACCGGCACAAAGGCGGCAUCUACAUCUGCACGGCAUCCAAUGGUGUUGGGCACUCAGCUUCCAGCCAAAUUAAUUUGCACGUUCUCUAUCCACCUGAGAUAUCCGUGGAGCGGCAGGUCGUGUUCUCGGGCGAGGGUCAGGAGGCAGCACUCGUGUGUAUUGUUCACGGUGAAGCCCAACCGGAGGUUAUGUGGUUUAAGGACACAAUGCAAAUCGACCAAACAGACCGAAUGAUUACGGAAGCACGAGGGGCUAGACAUACGCUAAUCAUACGAAAGGUGCACGCCAUGGACUUUGGGAACUUUUCCUGUGUCGCAGACAAUCAACUUGGGAAGAGUCGCAAAACGGUCACCCUCACGGGGAGGCCCAAUGUUGCCACAUUUAGAUCGGCACCAAAUAGCCAGUGGCGUGAUAAGUACAAUAUCUCAUGGACUGUGGAUUCUUUCACACCCAUUGAAGAGUACAAGCUCUACUAUAGGCCGAUCUUCUCGACUCAGGAGCAGAGUCAUCAAGUCUAUGCCCCUAAGCCCCGGACUCCAUUCAUUGCGGACCAAGCCCCUAGUCCGGCGUACGACACAUUCAACUACCACGCUGGGUAUGGGAAUGCCAUCCAUUGGGGUAAAAAUGAAUGGCGGGACAUUGUUCUACCCGCCAUCCCGCUAUCACAGCACUACACUCAAGGAAUGAGCUACGUGAUAAGAAACCUUGAUCCGGAUCAACAGUACGAAGCCAAAGUGCAAUCAAGAAAUCGCUUUGGCUGGAGUGAUUUCACCGAGAGAUUCCUCUUCACCACCUCCAAUACAGACACCGAAAUGAGGGACAUGAGCGUCACCCACUACAGCAGCCCCACGUCCGGAACGGGAAGUUUCUUCCGGUGGCGCCUGGGCGACGCCCUCAUCAUCCUCACCUUUGGGCUCUUUUCGUGGUCGUUUUAGGCCCCCAUUUCCCACCCCCAUUUUUCUACAUCACAGCGAGGGUGAAAAAAAAAUUGAGAGAGACACAACAAAAAACUGUAUGGUGCGGAUUCAUAAAAAAAGAGAAAAAAAUAUGUGUGAGUGUAAAGUGUGGCUCAUUUUGAAAAGUGGAUAUGAGUUUUCUCCUUUUUUUGUGCAAGAAUGAAAAGUUUCAGUUGAAUUGAAAAAUUUUCUCAUUAACGCAAAGAGUAGUUAAAGAAAAUUGAACUCUGUCAUUCACUUUAGGUAGUUGUAUAAUGAAUAAUAUUGGCACAAUGAGGCCAUGGAGGGUAAUUAAUAGUGUGCAUAUAAAUGAGAAAUAUUGAGGCGAAACAAUGGACUGAUGGGGUCUAGCAACGCCAGCACAGAGACGUCGCACUGAUUACAUUUCUGAAAAACUUUUAUGAUAAACGGUCUGAAGAUGCUUCAUUAGCAAAGUGAAGAGCAAACCCCGUCAAGAUUGAGAAACAAUGCUGCGGAGGAGGAAGUUUGGGUUCGCAUCGUGUUUUUCAUUAUCAUGCUGCUAAAGUGUGGAAUUUUUCUGCGGAAAGCUCAAGAAGAAAAAAAACUUCGUUUAAUGAAAAUUGAGUGUGGCAUCUCUAUGAAAAAAAAUUCAAUAUCAGAGACAAUGCAGCGUGUUAUUGAGUAAGUUUGCCGUGAAAAGCGCAAUGAACGGGAAGUAAAAUGUUAAUUUACGCGUUAAAAAUGAAGUCAAGAGACAAAUUCAUUUGAGAGUUUCAUGAAAGACAGGUAAAAGUUCAAUUAUGAGCUUUAAGUUGUCUAACUGUCUAUUAAAAAAAAAAGUGUACACAGAACAGUUAAACGUUGGAGAAUUUCCACCGAAGAAUUUAUGGAAAAUCAUAUGAAAUAUCUGUGGAUUAAAAACACAUUUAUAUUGCUGAGCAAAAUCAGAAGUGAAAAUGAUUUUCAUUGAAGGUUUUUAGAAAAAAUAAUUAAAUUUUACAUGGAAAAAUCAUGUGGAAAUUUUUCAAAGUUAUCCUUUGGCAAGUUUCCAAGUUUUAAUAUUUUCUAGACACUUAAAUCCAAUUAUUUUCUAGCUUCUGAGAAUUUUUUUUAAUAAAUUAGGGUUUUCCUUGCAGCACAAUUUUCAUGGGAUGAAAAAUGAAAUGUGAAAUUUGAGAUGAAAGCUCGCACAAGCAGCAUUGAUCAAUGAAUCCGGAAAACAAUGGAUUAAUCAAAAAGUUUUUAUGAGUGUGAGUGUUUUAAAUGAAAUAAAAAAAUAGAUAGAGAGAGAGUGCAAAAAGCUCCGUGUGAUGAGACAAAUUUAGAUGUUAAGGAGAUAAUCUUUAGAAGUUGUAAGGAAUUCAUAAUGCAUUUCGCAACAAAAAUUGGUGAUUCAUCCUUCAUAAAUUUAUUACGAAAAAGCAUAAAUAUUUCAGUUCACAUGCAUUCCCCCUUAUGUGGUGAGGAAAAACCACCCCAUCACCAUGAGCUGGACGCGCGAGAGUUUCUCGAAUACAGAGAAAUUAUCGCAUAAAUUUUCCCACGACAAAAGGAUUUCUCGGGCGAAACUUUUUGGGGGCACGGGGUGUGGGUGGAUGCCAAAGUUUUCCCUCCCAUGUGGAAAAGCAAGUAUCAUCAUCUUCAUCUUCAUCAUUGUGUCGUGACACACAGAAUUGACGUCGCUUUCAGUUACCGCACACACUCAGCUCAUCCAAGAAAACCCAUCGAGAACCCAACACAAUGCUCAUUACGUAAUAUUAUGUAUAAGAAUUAAAAUUAUAUACACAACUCACUGCGAAUACGAAUGGGAAUGAGGGCGAUACCGAAGACGGAGCCGUGUGCUAUGAGUCGGUGGGAGGAAGAUGAGAGCUCGUCUUCACCACUCACGCGGCUGCUGAAGGAGAUUUUAUAAGCACGGGUAGAGGGAUUUGAGGUAUGCGGUGUACACCUGCAAAAGGAGCUUUUACACAAAGUUUCAAAGCACACGAAGAAAAUGUCGAAGGAAGUUUAUUAUCAGAAACAUUGUCAAUUAAUUUAAUAAAUACCUUUAUAUUAGUUUACAGCCCCUUUUGAAGUCCUCAAUCGCUAAAUCUAACAUGAUUAUAAGGAAAUUAUUAGAAACAAAUAAUUCCUCAUGGAUAAAUUUAAUGCGCCACAUUUCUUUCAUUUUUAUUAAAAAAAAAAAUUAAAAUAUAAUACAAAGAAUAAUACAAGCGGUGUACACUGAAAUUCCACGAGUGCCCUUCCCCUUGACUUGUGUUUAAGGCUGGUGCGGCGUUGAAAAGAAGCGAGAGAAUUAAUUUUCGCAGUUUUCAUCUGCAUUCACAUAAAAUCAAUUUAAAUUACUCGUUACAAGGAGAAAGACUCAGAAUUAAUGUGUAUAUAGAGCGAAGUACAGCGGCGAUAUUUUGUAUGGUUUGCUAAAAGAAAAUAUCACUGUGCCAGGGCUUUAUUGUUUUCCAUUUUGUGAGAGUCCCUCUGGGAAGGAAAGGUAUUUAUAUACUUAUAUGUGUGUGUGGGUGUAUAUUGUAGCGAUAAUAGGAAAUUUACAGCCGAGCAGCUACUCCCGAAAACUUAAACAAUAGCAGAUGAAGAGCUCCUUCGCCCAUUUCUCAUGGGCGAAAGCUGAUGCUGCAGAGUUGAAAACGGAAGUUUUCCCGAAGCAUCCCCCCAACCCAUCCUGGAAGGGAAAUUUUUGAGUACUCCAGAUAGGAAUUUAUUUGCCCAUAAUGUAUUUUAUUAGUUUUCCACUCUGCAAUCUGUCUUAUCUACCCUUCAGCUUUUCAACCCUUCCCACCUCUCACCCCUUUCUGUAAGAAAAUUAUUGCAUUCCAAUAUUAUAUAUACUUUGCAUUUUGUACGAGAAUAAAGAAGAAAAUCGUGAACAUCAGCAUUAAACUAUCGCGAACAGAGAAGGGAAUAUUGCAAAAGAAAAAAAAAAUUAAAAUAAAUUCAUAAUAGCAUAAAGUCACAAAAGAAAAGUAAAAGAGGGUAAAAAAAAUUAUAUUGCGAGAUUCUGUGUAAAUAGUAUAUAGUAAUAAAUUAAUUAUAAACAAGCCUUAGUUUGGUAAGAGAAUUGCAUUAAAUUAAAGAGAAAAAAAAGAAAGAGAAGAAGAAAAAAAUGAAAAUGAAGAAAAAACUCUCAUUUCCAUGUUAAAUGUAAAUGUUUCUAAAAUAGUCAAAUACAAUGGAGAUUAAUUCAUAUGAUUAUAUUUUAUAAAUGUAUAAAAAGGUAAUAUAUUUAUUAGAUUAUAAACUAACAUGAACCAUGUUUUUAAAUGCUAAUAAACGUCACGCAAAACUCGAUCAGAAUCAUGAG